CACAUGACAUGCGAUCUCGAGCGCCCGUGUACCAGAUGCAUCAAGAGGAAUAUUGGUCAUCUCUGCCACGAUGAGCCCCGCGAAUCAGAGCCAAAGAAAAAGACGGCCACCGCCAAAACCGCCUCAACAGCGUCCGUAGAUGACUCCGACACCAUGUCACCGUCUGAAAUGGGCCACAGCUCCAUCUCCAGCGCCAUGGGCCCACCCCCAGCUUUCGAUGGCGCCAGGCAGAGAGCAAAUUCGGGCAUCGGGGCUGGAGGCGUGCUUGGACAAGGCAAUCCAUUGUCUCUUGUGCAACACGACGCUUCGUCGGGCUUGGAAUCCAGCGCGCUGAACCGCAAUGGUAACGCGAAUCAAUUUGCGGGCUUCUCGGAUGCUUGGCUUACGGCGCAGAAUUACCACGAUAUGAAUACCUAUAACCCCAAUUAUAUGAUUGGACCCGAGGUCACUCACGAGUUUAACCUACUCAACGACUUUCUGCACAACAGCCUCCUCGAUGAGAGCAAUCUUGCCUCGAACGAAGCUCAGAAUAGCGCAGCCUUCAAUCGGCCAGGAGGGGCGUCAGAGAUGAUUGGUGCCUUCAAUAGUAACAACGAUUUAGCAGCAGGUGGUCCCAUACAAGCACAGCAUAUGCGAGGAUCCAUGCUACCUCCCCCAAACGUCGAUGAUAAGGCUGCGGCGAGGUCUAAUAAGGACAAGACACGAGAAUACUACCUCCAGGCUGCCGACCCUUCUGGAAACGACAACCCAGAAGAGCGCAUGUCUCGCGUGCUCAAGGCCAAGUACGACGCCGGCUUACUCAAACCAUUUAACUAUAUCAAUGGUUAUGCAAAGUUGGGUAAAUACUUGGACGGUCAUAUCGCGCCCUCUUCGAAACAAAAGAUUUUGCGAACAAUCAACCAGUUUCGUCCCAAAUUCAGAGAAAAGGCACAGGGUUUGACAGACAUGCAGCUUGUGUACGUAGAGAUGUGGUUUGAGAAACAGCUGAUGGACUAUGACCGGGUCUUUGCGAGCAUGGCAGUGCCAGCCUGCUGCUGGAGACGAACGGGGGAGAUUUUUAGGGGAAACAAAGAGAUGGCGGAGCUGAUUAACGUGCCAGUCGAUCAGUUGCGAGAUGGCAAGAUUGCGCUACAUGAGAUACUUACAGAAGAGUCCAUGGUGCGAUAUUGGGAAGAGUUUGGCACCAUCGCGUUUGAUCCGGCGCAUGAUACGUUGUUGACGGCGUGCUCUCUGAAGAACCCUAGUGAUUCGUCAGAUCACCCUAUAAUCAAGUGUUGCUUUUCGUUUUCGAUACGCCGUGAUGAGCAUAAGCUGCCCGCACUGAUUGUUGGAAACUUCUUGCCGCACGAUCCUCCUGUAUCGUAAAUUCUUUACCUUUCGGUUAAUGAAUCACUUUAUUGCUGCUGUUAGGCUUUAUUACGCUCGGACGAGAAAAGGGCGACUUAUUGGACAUGGUAUGGGCCGGUUUAUAUACGUAGCCGGCAAAGGUUGGGAAAAAAGGGAGCUUUUUUUAGUCACGGAUUUCCUGGGCAUGACUGACGGCGCAAAACUUUUAAUGUUUUAUCGUGUGCUUAUCCCCCUUCUUUUCUAUUAUCCUUUUCUUUUUCGACUUAUUUCAAUGUUGCUUCAUGGGGCGUUUAGAUUCCCAGAAAUUGUUGGAGAGAAUUAUUUUGAAGCAGUCGUUGAUCGUGUUGAUGCUGAUGGACAGAGAGGGGUUUUUCCUUUUGGGUUCGCUAGAGUUUCCAGGUACAUAACCUACCUUAUUUGAACAUUACGGUAGUUUUUCUAAUUGAAUAAUUGCUGCUGCUGAUGAGAGCG